UCUUCGUGGUGGAAAACAACUCGAAUUUGAAGUGUCUCGUGUAGCAGACACACCUCCUUAACUUAAUUUUUUAAAGUACGGUAGUAGUGGUACAGUGAGCGACAAUGGUUGAACCUGUCGGUUUUGUGGAAGCUUGGAAAGCUCAGUUUCCUGACUGUAAUCCCCCUGACAUGGCUCUAAAUUCGGUUGGGGAAAUUGAGCAAGAACUCGAGAAAUGCAAGACCUCCAUCAAGAGACUGGAGAUGGAAGUGAACAAAGAGCGUUUCAGGAUGAUCUACCUUCAAACACUCCUGGCUAAAGAGAGGAAGAGCUACGACCGUCAGAGAUGGGGUUUUAAGAGGACCUCUCAGCUGAAUGAAGAAGAUCAACUCGCUCACAUAGACCAGCAGCAGACCAGUGUGCAAAAACCUGUACCGGCUGAGAGAGGCAGGUGCCAUCCGGCCAAACUGAGGCUCUCCACCAAGGCAAGUUCAUCCCCAGAUGAGGAUGGGGCAUCCCCAUCAAAGCAGAGGAGCAUUGGGUCACCCCAGAGACCCUCGGCCAGCCGCGUGCUGCCGAACCACGAAGGAGAGGGAGCAUCAGAAUCUCCACCAAAAGAGAAAGCGAACAUGGGGUUGGGGGUAGCUGCACUUAGGUCAAACUUUGAGCGUAUAAAGAGAGCCAACUCACAACCGGCUGGCGAGGGAAAAGCCAUCAGCGGUAAGCCUUUCUAUGUGAACAUGGAAUACCACCACGAGAAAGGUCUGGUAAAGGUCAAUGACAGAGAGGUCUCAGACAAGAUCAGCAACCUGGGCAGUCAGGCUAUGCAGAUGGAACGUAAGAGAUCUUUACACUCUGUCCCCGGUAAUUUAUCUGCCGCCAUAGGGGAGGUGCGUAAACCAGAGCGUUCCGUCCACCGGGGUCGGUCCACGGACAGUAGCUGUAGUAAUGACCGUGAAUAUGAGGACGCAGAACUGAACCCUCGUUUCCACAAGGACAGUGUGAUGAGGGUCAAUGGUGGGAAAGCUGAACCACAAAGACCACCACAGCAAAACUGGCGUCAUUCAGAAUGUCAGGCGUACACCACUGUUUAUGUGGGAGGAAUUAUGGGAGACGGGGAGGACAUGCACCUGACGUGGCCCAGGCGUUCGUACUCCCCAGGGAGCUUCGAAGAUGGCUACACUCCAGACUGUAGCUCCAAUGAAAACCUCACCUCCAGUGAGGAGGACUUCUCUUCCGGCCAGUCAAGCCAUGUGUCUCCAAGUCCAACCGCCUACCGCAUGUUCAGGGAGAAGAGUCGCUCGCCUUCCCAGAAUUCACAGCAGUCCUUUGAGAGCAACAGUCCACCCACUCCUCAGUCCCAAAAAAGACUCAAGCAGCAUGUGGUUCUCUCCGAGGCCGGCAUUGGCGGGGUCCGUAAGGCUGGACAGAUCUGGCCCAGUGAUGGAAACUCCACCACCUCCAGCAGAACCUCACAUGACAACAGUUACCAUGGAGAUCUUGACAUCUCAUUCGGCGAGACUCCGCCCCCAGCCUACGGUUACGAGGGCGACCGCGGGGAAGAGCACCGGCCUCAUAACGAGAUGGGGCUGUACACGGAAGAAUCGCCCUCCUCUUCCCCCCACCUGUCUUCCAAAAGCAGGAGUCUCCGAGACACCCCCUCCUCUGGCUCUCUGGAGCCUGCAAAAUCGACGGAGCUGGAUGUGGAUAAGGGACUGGAGAUGCGGAAAUGGGUGUUGUCUGGGAUACUAUCCAGUGAAGAGGCCUAUUUGAGUCACCUAGAGGCACUUUUGCUACCAAUGAAGCCUUUACGAGCAGCAGCGACCACAUCUCAGCCCGUGCUGACCAUGCAGCAAAUAGAAACUAUCUUCUUCAAAGUGCCUCAACUAUUCGAGAUCCACAAAGACUUUUACGACGGCCUCCUACCCAGAGUGCAACAGUGGAGCCACAACCAACGCGUGGGCGACCUCUUCCAGAAACUGGCCAGUCAGCUGGGAGUGUACCGGGCUUUUGUGGACAACUAUAAGGUUGCCGUGGAGACGGCAGAGAAGUGCUGUCAAGCGAACACGCAGUUUGCAGAGAUCUCGGAGAAUCUGAAGGUGAAGACCACAAAAGACAGCAAAGACCAGAAUGCCAAGAAUACUUUAGAAACACUCCUUUACAAACCAGUGGAUCGAGUCACACGCAGUACCCUGGUUCUCCAUGACUUGUUGAAGCACACACCCUCCAGUCACCCAGACUACCCUCUCCUGCAGGAUGCCCUGAGGAUCUCCCAGAACUUUCUCUCUAGUAUUAAUGAGGAGAUCACACCACGCCGCCAGUCUAUGACCGUUAAAAAGGGCGAGAAUCGACAGCUCCUGAGAGAUCGCUACAUGGUAGAACUGGUCGAAGGAUCGAGAAAACUACGCCACGUCUUCCUUUUCACAGAUCUGCUGCUCUGCACCAAAUUAAAGAAACAAACCGGAGGGAAGGGCCAGCAGUAUGAUUGUAAGUGGUACAUCCCUCUGACUGACCUAACCUUCCAGACCAUCGACGAAUCAGAGGCCUCGCCCAUCCCGCAGGUCCCAGAGGAAGAGAUUGAUGCCAUGAAGGUCAAGAUUUCCCAGAUCAAAAACGAGAUCCAGAGAGAGAAGAGAGUGAAUAAAGGGGGAAAGGCAAUAGAACGUUUGAGGAAGAAGUUGUGUGAACAGGAGUCUAUGCUACUUCUGAUGUCCCCCUGCAUGGCCUUCAAGGUCAACAACAGGAACGGCAAGGGCUACACAUUCCUGAUUACCUCGGAUUACGAGCGAGAGGAGUGGAGAGAGCUGAUUCGUGAGCAGCAAAAGAAGUGUUUCAAGAGUUUCACGUUAACAUCUGUGGAGUUGCAAAUGCUGACCAACUCCUGUGUGAAGCUCCAAACAGUCCACACAAUACCACUGACUAUUAACAAGGAAGAUGAUGAAUCCUCUGGACUCUAUGGUUUUCUGAAUGUAAUCGUGCAUUCUGCAUCAGGACUUAAGCAGAGUUUGAAUCUUUACUGCACUCUGGAAGUGGACUCGUUCGGCUACUUCGUGAACAAAGCUAAGACACGAGUGUACAGGGACACUACUGAACCUAACUGGAAUGAGGAGUUUGAGAUUGAACUGGAGGGUUCUCAGACUCUAAGGCUGCUAUGCUACAGUAAAGUCAGGCAGAGCAAAGAGGAGGGCGAAAAUGCAGACCGCAUUGUGGCUAAAGGGCAGAUCCAGCUGGAUCCUCAGACACUUCAAGGGAAAGAAUGGCAGAGGACGGUGAUCUCCAUGAAUGGGAUUGAGGUCAAGCUGUCGAUGAAGUUCACAAGCCGGGAAUUCAGUCUAAAGCGAAUGCCAUCCAGGAAACAUUCCGGCGUGUUUGGGGUGAAAAUCGGUGUCGUGACCAAGCGGGAACAUUCUAAGGUGCCUUUAAUUGUGCGUCAGUGCGUGGAAGAGAUUGAGAGGAGAGGCAUGGAAGAAGUGGGUAUCUACAGAGUAUCUGGAGUGGCGACAGAAAUCCAGGCCUUGAAAGCUGCCUUCGAUGCCAACAACAAAGACGUGUCUGUGAUGAUGAGUGAGAUGGACGUGAACGCCAUCGCCGGAACGCUUAAGCUCUACUUCAGAGAGCUUCCCGAACCACUGUUCACCGAUGAACUGUACCCCAACUUCACCGGAGGCGUCGCUUUGUCAGACAGUGUUGCCAAGGAGAGCUGUAUGCUAAACCUGCUGCUGUCUCUGCCAGAACCCAACCUUCUUACCUUUCUGUUUCUGCUGGAUCAUCUUAAGAGGGUCGCUGAGAAUGAGAGCAUCAACAAAAUGUCCUUCCACAACCUUGCCACCGUGUUUGGUCCCACCCUCCUCCGCCCGUCAGAGAAAGACAGCAAGAUCCCAGCCAAUCCCACGCAGGCCAUCUCCAUGAGUGACAGCUGGUCACUCGAGGUCAUGUCUCAGGUCCAGGUUUUACUGUAUUUCCUUCAGCUGGAAACAAUUCCAACUCCUGACAGCAAGAGGCAGAGCAUGCUCUUUUCAACAGAGGUAUAGACGGGGCACAUACACUUCAACGUCAGAGUCACUUUCCAGAGGACAGAUUUUGUGCAGUUUUUUGAAGUGCAGUCUGUCUGAUGUAGACCGUUGCGAAGAGGAGUUGCAAUCUGUGAUCACCAGAGGGCGCCAACAACACAUUGCAAUCUUGAGUAGUGGCCUCAUGCAACUGAAGCCAAGAUCAUUGCUUUAGCCCAUCAGUCGAGAAAUGUUCUGUUUGUGCUGAAUCUGUUUGUGCUGGAAAGAAAUAUGUAUCACUUGAGGAGAUAUUCUGCACUAUUAUUUGUUGAUUUUUAUGGGAAAUCUAAAUAUUUUUAUUUAACUUGCAAUUGUUAGCAACUAAACUGUUCGGUCUUAA